AUGGAUUGCAAAAUCUUAUUGGACAAUAAUUGGGACGUACAAAGUAGUAGCAUUUUAAAAUUAAAAACAAAAAAAAAGGUUCUAGCAGAUGAAGAUGAAGAAGAAUCCAGAGAAUCUAAAGAUGUUGGUAAAAAGAAAAAAAAAAUAGCAGUAGUAAAAGAUGAAUUUUUAAGCGAUGAAUUUAGAGUACCUGAAGAUGUUGACGAUGAAGUAUUUAAUGGAGAUAAUAGUGAAGACGGAGAAAUAAUUAAUGGAAACAAGGCAAUAUCAUUCUUUUUCUCGCCAUUUUGGAAUAUUAUUGAUCCAUAUUUGAAUAGUCUGGCUGACCUUUUUUCAGCACAAAAAGCUCAACGAAUUACUAUAAAAUCUAUUUUUAUAUUUGUAGCAGUUUCAACAUUAGUAAGUUUUGCAUUUCUUUCAUAUAUAGCAUUUUAUUAUGUCUAUAUUCCAAAAAUCGCGCACUCAAAACCAGUUCAUUUACAAUAUCAUCAAGACAAAUUGAUUCAUAGUAUGAUCGAUUUCACUGAAAAUGGAUUAUAUUCAGAUUUUCUAUCAGCAGAUCAAGCUUAUGAUAUUUCAAUUGAUUUGGAUGUUCCUGAAUCAGAUCGAAAUAUUGAUUUGGGCAACUUUAUGAUUAAUUUGGAAUUGAAGUCCAAGGAUAAUAAUACAAUUCAGUCUUCUGGUCGACCAUGUAUACUUACUUAUAAAUCCAAAUUACUUCGUAUUACUUCAACAAUUUGGAAAUUAAUCCCAUUAGUCUUGGGAUUUGUCAAGGAAGAUCAAAAGUUGAAAGUUGUAAUGUUUGAAAAUUUUAUUGAAAAUGGUGAUAGUCCAAUGACCCAUGCAUAUCUUACUAUACCAGAUAAAAAUCCGGAAGUUUAUAAUGCAAAUAUACAAUUAGAUGCACAUUUCAGAGGAUUAAGAUAUUCUUUUCAAUAUUCUCAACAAGAAAUUGAUAAUGACAAGUGGUUAGGAGUUCAACAUAAUGGUAAAAUGAAAACAUUAAGAAAUCAUCCUGAUGAAGAUGAAGAGCAAGUGGAAAAUGGUGGAUCCGAAUUUGUAUCAAAUAAUGAUGAGUCGAGCAAUAUAUCAGAUGAUGAUGAUUCUAUAACUUCACACUCAGAGUCAAUGAAUCCAGAAAAUACAGAUUAUGAUGAAUCAGGAUUUGAAACCACUGGUGAAGGUAAUAAUUAUAAUACUACUACAGAUAAUUCAGAUGUUGAGACACCAAGAAGGAGAUUGUCAAGAUUAUCAUCAAAUAACGAUGAGGAGGAUAAUGAUGAUUAA